AUGGCUUGGGUACCUGAGGUCUCAGGUAUGCUUCCAUACAUGUCAAGAAUGGCCAACGAACAACAAGCAUCAAGCGUCAUGUCUGUAACUGAGCGUAUAAGUUGGCAGCCGCCAGAGCCUAGCCCUUGGCUGGUACGUUUCGAGGCCAGAUGCCACAAGGCCAAACAGCAGCCAUUCCUCGAUGAGAGACCGAUGAGCGAGGCUGUAUGCUCUUGUGCCUGGCGAAACUUCCGUCAGCCUCGUCUAGGGCACUUUGAGCAUCAGGGAAGGGCCAACUUCAAGAGGCUGCUAGGCUAUGGGGUUGAUGGCAUCGUCUGGAAAGUCACGAUUGAUGAGCGCGUCUAUGCGCUCAAAGUUUUCUGGGACAAUAAACCUCCAGAAGGCACACGAUACUGGUCAGUUCAACGAGAAUGUCAGAAUGUCUCACUCCUCGAGAUGAUGCGGUUCGCGAUCGAAAACUCUUCUGAUCCUAUUCGAUUACAUCCACAACCGCAAACACAUCGUGAUGCAUUAGCUAACCUUCACGCCUUCUCUGAUGGGGGUCGUGAGAGGCAAUCAUUUCGAGACACACCUGGGGCGAUCGAAUACAAUACUCCCCCUCGUUUCAGGAGGUGCUACGGCUGGAUGAUGAUAAGCGGCGAAGAGCUUUAUACGCUACCUCGGAAGAUGAGAGUACCAGAAGUGAGACUAGACGGUGCUGUACGCGACAUUUCGCCAAGCGAAGAUUACCACGCCAUCGUGUACGAAUACGUAUCUGACACUGGAUGUGCUUUCUCUUCAGAGGUCGUGCAAGCGCAGCUGGAUUUCUUUUGGCACGCUGGGUUUUGCUUGGUACCAUCGCGGGUAGAGAACUGGAAAGGGGUGGGAAUCCUAGUAGAUAUGGCCGAUCUUAUAUGUCCUUGGCAUAUCCCGUGGCAUCCAAGUCUGUAUGGACAAAGGAGCGCAGCAGAGGUGUGUGAUGGCACAGCAAUCGGAGCAUGA